GGGCCUCUCCCCCUUCGCGACGUAGGGCCCCUUCCCCCGCUAAAAUAUAGUGUCCUAGCCGACUGUUCGCGCGUCCAAACCGGCCCCUUCCCUAGCGACAUCUUCUCGGCCCGGACCUCACCGCCGGCCACCCCCGUUGGAAACCCUAGGCGUCGGAUUUAGGUCAAAUCCUUCGUAAAUCCUACUCAAAUCUUGCUAGCAAACAGCCAUCAAGUCCGAUUACUUCAGCGAUCAUGCUCCUCAAGCACCUCAACACGGCCACCAGCCUCGCCCGCCGACUGAUGCCCUCAUAUCGCCCUCUCUCAUCCUCUUCUGCUGCUUCACUUUCCUCCGUCGAAAUUUCCCCUCAUUUCACCAACUCUGCAGACGAAGAGGAUGGUAUCAUCUCCAUGAAGGGAGUUCGCAUCUCCGGCCGCCCCCUCUACCUCGACAUGCAGGCCACCACCCCCGUAGAUCCCCGCAUCGUUGAUGCCAUGCUCCCCUUCUACCUUUCCCGCUUUGGCAACCCUCAUUCCCGCACCCACCUAUACGGUUGGGAAUCAGACGAGGCCGUCGAAUCCGCCCGCUCGCAGGUCGCAGCUCUCGUCGGCGCCAACCCUAAGGAAAUUUUUUUCACAUCCGGAGCCACCGAGUCCAACAACAUCUCCGUUAAAGGCGUCAUGCAUUUCUAUCGAGAGAAGAAAGGACACAUCGUUACCACCCAGACUGAGCACAAGUGCGUCCUCGACUCCUGUCGCUACCUACAGCAGGAGGGCUUCGAAGUUUCGUACCUCCCCGUCCGUCCUGACGGCCUCAUCAAUCUUGACCAGCUUGCCUCCGCAAUCCGCCCUGACACUGGACUCGUAUCCAUCAUGGCAGUCAAUAACGAGAUCGGCGUUGUGCAACCACUUGAGGAGAUCGGAAGGAUCUGUAAGGAGAAGGGCGUCCCCUUCCACACCGAUGCUGCUCAAGCUCUAGGUAAGAUCCCUAUCGACGUUGAAAGGAUGGGGAUAGGCCUGAUGUCGCUAAGCGGGCACAAAAUUUAUGGUCCGAAGGGUGUUGGUGCACUUUACCUCCGGCGGCGUCCGAGAAUCCGAGUGGAACCUCAGAUGAAUGGCGGUGGUCAGGAGCGUGGCGUCCGCAGCGGCACUGUGCCUACGCCGCUUGUAGUUGGUUUUGGGAAGGCCUGCGAGAUUGCCAUGAAGGAGAUGGAGUAUGAUGGCCGCAGGAUUGCAGCGUUGCAGGAGAGGCUACUUAAAGGGAUCAGGGAGAAGCUGGAUGGAGUGGUGGUGAAUGGUAGCAUCGAGAAUCGUUAUGCUGGAAAUUUGAACCUUUCUUUUGCUUAUGUUGAAGGUGAAAGCCUGCUUAUGGGACUGAAAGAGGUGGCAGUUUCUAGUGGGAGUGCUUGUACCAGCGCUAGCCUUGAGCCUUCUUAUGUGUUGAGAGCACUUGGAGUAGAUGAGGAUAUGGCUCACACUUCAAUAAGAUUUGGCAUUGGGAGAUUUACCACCGAAGCAGAGAUAGAUCACUCUGUAGAGUUGGUGGUUCGUCAAGUCGAGAAGCUGCGAGAGAUGAGCCCUCUUUAUGAGAUGGUGAAGGAAGGGAUUGAUCUCAAGAGUAUACAGUGGGCUCAGCAUUGAGAUUCUGUCUAUCACUGUGGUUACUGCGAGAGACCAUAUAGCUGGAAGAGAUUGGGAACGAUGAGUGUAAGAGGAUGAUGAAGAGACAAUUGGUCUGAUCCAUAUUGAACGAGGGUUUUGCUCCCUGUACGCUUUCUUCCAGGUUUACUAUAGUGAAAGUUGCUAUGUAUAACAUGCUUUGGUUUCUCAGUUUUUUCCGUUGGAAUGUGCAUACCAAAUAUGUGUUAGUUUUGUUUAAUUAGUUUUCCUUUUGCUGUCUGUGAUUAGUUGCACUACUGUUUACUUGUUGGAUAUUAUUGGCACUAAAAAUAAAUGGUUUAACACUUUAUAUUUUUUAA